AUGGGCGGCGCUAAGGAUUUCGUGGAUGGUCUCAUCAGCAAUCUCAACACCAUCUUAAAAGUAUUGCAGAUGUUUGUAGCAACUGUUAGUUCGUUGUCGCUUCAGGCAAAAGCUGCAUUGGAAGGCCAACAAAUCAAACCAGGAGCGAUGGAAUGGGUGGAUAUUGAUGGACGGCCUGAUUGCUCUGAAAUACAGGAUUACAUGAAGGACCUAACAGGAGCACGAUCUGUUCCGCGAGUGUUCAUCAAUGGAAAAUUCUUCGGCGGUGGAGACGAUACAGUAGCUGCUUCGAAAAGCGGAAAACUCGCACAACUACUUAAGGAGGCGCAAGCCAUAUAA